UCGAUACAACCAGCUGGCAGCCGGAGACGUUACCUAUCGCCGUCAGCUAGUAGUGCAUUCGCCACAGAUUGGUAGACAGGCGCUAGGUGUUAGUGAAAGGAGAUAGGGUGGUCUUGUUGUCAGAGCAGGCUUAUUAACCCCUUGCCCCUUCCUUCCCCGCCAUCGUCAGUAGAAUCUCUGUGACGAUAACAAUGCGAACGUAACAUUAACAGCUUAACAUAUUGUUAACGUUGCAAGGCGCAACGCCACAUCACUACUUAGGUUUCCUGUUGUUGUUGUUGAUGUUGUUGUCAAGGGAGGAUUUUGCCCAGUUUGACUAAGAGGAGUAACCGAUUACAGCCUACGGAUAUCUGUUGAUCGCAGCUGCAACCGCACUCGCCGCUUACCCUGAUAUAGUGAUAUGAUAGUUGCAGGUUUUGUACAAACAUUAAUCAGGCAGAAGAAGAUAUACAUAGGCACCACCUAAGGUGUUUCAGUGGUGUGGUACAAGGAAGCUAGCCCGUAACCAAGACAAUAUUCCAUUUGCCGUUGGUCGUACCUCCGCUGUACGUACACACAGGCUCUGGUUAGGUGUGACUCGUGUCUAGAGUGAUCACAGCCACAGAUUCCAAUGGCUCGCUCGAAUCGCCGUUAACAAUCUACAACGCUGAUUAGUGUAUGGCUGAUUCGACGGCAAAUUGCGUAUUAGGAAAUUCGCUGUACAUUGGCAGCACAUUCCUGCGUGUCUGUAGUCUACGUGUACUUUUUGUGAUCAUCAGGCUUGUUUUUGUGCGUACUUGUUGUGCUGUGUGCUAAGUAUAACCGCGUGAAUUUGAACGGCUAAAAUUCGACACCGAAUCCAUUUACGUUACGACCAAAAAGGCUGCCGAAACGGAAAGCUUGCUGUUUUCCUAUAGGGACACGACGGCUUCGCUGCUCGAAUAAGCAGAAUAGUCUCCACAAGCUAAGAACAAUAUUCAAAAAGUUCAUUAUAUCAACUGCUCCUGUUGGCAAGAGCGCUUCAGGGUCGCCAAAUUAUACUUUGUUCGGUGCCGUUACACGACAUUCGUCGACUGGGCAGUUCCUAACUGAACAGAUACUGGUAGCGCCGUCGGCUGCAGCAGCUGAGCUGACGGAGAAAUGGCGCAUCGUCGCUGCAGCUGCUUUCUGUUAAGUACUUGAAACGUUAAGAGCCAAUUCCAUUGGAAAGCGAUAUGGUGGCGUGUCAUAACGACAUUUUUAGAGAUGUCAUUGGAACUCGCUAAAAAAGAAAACGAAACUAAUGGUCAUACGUGUUUAUGUAGCGGCACAGUGCGAUCAUUCGAAAAUUGCAGCUAGAAUUGUCCUUCUGCACACGUCACAUUGCGCUCUUAUGGUUUGCAAGGGGGCAUACCUGUAAUGAAUGUGCUUAGAUUAACAAAAAAGGGGUUGAUUGGCCUAGAUGCAAGCGGCGCAGCUAUCCUCCGGUAUAGUUCUACGUAUAGUGACUUCGCAUCUGUUCUUAUUACGCUCAGCUGACUGCUCUCAGCGUGCUUACUAACCACUUGACUCAAACGAACGACCCUGGGGAAAAUUACUGGCUCUACGAGGAAGUCUGUGGAAUUCAGAAGUGCCGAAUCGUGGGCUGUGGAGGACAUCUUUCCUCAAUUUCGCCUUAUCAUAGUGUCAUAAACCAGUAUUAAUAAAUUUCCAACGUAAUUGCAAGAAAUUCCGUAAUACAAAUUUUUCUAGAGGAACAGCUAAGGUGGUGACUUGUUAUUGACUGAGCUUCGCUCUUGCAGACCGACUUGCUCACUCGACUUUAUAGGAACAAUAACACACUCGUGUGCCUGCGUGUGCGUGUGUGGUCACGCAGUAUUUACGACAAAGGAAAUUGUUGACGUGACAAGAACCUACAAUUCAUCGAAGGAUAAAGAGUCCAUAUAGUGGAACGAAGCUACAGCAACAGUAGGAUAAUUUAUCUGGAGAACCAAUCGUUCCUAUAUGUGCAAAAAGUAACAACUGUAUGUGGGUGAAUAGAAUUACUAUUAUAGUUUUUUACGCCCAUUGCAAAUACGAUUGCGACGACUUGCCAUAACAUUAUUGGAAAACUGGGACAAGGUGUCUUCCAUCACGCCAACAUACUUGAACUUAAAGACGCUUUCGCAUACUAUAGUGUAGCGUCUUUUACGUCUCUGUUUGGCUAUCUGUCUGGCUGCUUGGAGCCAGCCCUAUUCUACAGACGCCAGGAAGUGUUUAAUGAACGUGACCAUAUAUUUUUUGACCUCAAUCAUUUUCCGACGUGUUUCUUCGCUUUUCAUUAUGGCCAGAACCGCUGAUGGGGGCACAGGGAGUAAAGCCGCCGGCGAAGAGUCAUUCGAUUGUAAUAUUUGUCUGGACACGGCGCGCGAUGCUGUGAUCAGUCUUUGCGGCCAUCUAUUCUGUUGGCCAUGUCUUCAUCAGUGGCUUGAAAUACGGCCGCAGCGUCCGGUGUGUCCUGUCUGUAAAGCCGGCAUUGGUCGUGACAAGGUAAUUCCUAUCUAUGGGCGUGGCGGAUCGAAGGAGGACCCUCGGGAUAGGAUGCCUCCCCGACCACCCGGACAGCGAACUGAACCGGAAGCUACGUCGCGCGCUGAAGCACACCACUUUGGAUUUGGAGAUACAUCGAACUUGCAAAUGAACUUCGGAAUUGGUGGAUUUCCCUUUACACUGUUUGCCUCCACGUUCAACUUUAGUGUACCAAUGACGGGCGAACGGCAGGCAGGUCCUGUUGGACCUGAUUUCCACUCGGCUGAGACGGUAAUGAUGGACCAGCUCGUGUCGAAGUUGUUCAUCUGGCUAGCCUGUAUAUUCCUGCUGUGGUUGAUAGUCGUGUAGCGAUUGCAGCGACAGGAAGCAUAAUUGACUCGAGAAAGCGACGGGCGCUCUGAUGAGCAUCCGCGGCCGUGACCGGCUGAACAUCACGCUGGAUUACAGGGAUUUACCUAAAGAUUUCCGAGUGUCAAGUCACCCAAAUUAUUACAAUUAUAUGUGGUGUUAUUCACGUGUAGUCAAAAUCAUCAGUGGAAAGGAAGGGUCCUGACUACUUUACCUAUUCCUGAAAAUGGUGAUGAUUUUCAGUAGCGUAUAGCAGCGAAACGCCCACAUACGUAAGAUUUGACAACUGCGGAACACGCGUGGACACGUUUUAGUAUGUUCUUACUCCCGUUUCCUCUUCCACGCCCUGUGAAGUUAAGUCUCGGGUGGUGUUUUAAUAGACUAAUUGCGGCCAACGAUCAGUCGACGGUAACGAAAAGUCAUCGAAGCAGAUCUCUCUCAUGGCCGAUGCCAGUUUCUAGGUCAGCACCAAGCGUAAUUAUGCCUGCCUUAUCAUGUUUCAAGAUCUGGGAAUCAGUAGUGAAAAAAAAACUUCCAAAGCCAUUUGAUGAUGAUAAUAAUAAAUGCCUACUCGUUCCUGUGUCAACAUCAUGAUCAACUGCGGUAGCAAAAAGGCUGAGACGCUACCUAAAAAACAGACCUAAAUAAAUGAUUGAUUUUAAUCUACACAACACAAACCGUUAUACACCUAGUUUAUACUUCAAGUGGCUAUGACGGGAAUCGGAGUACGUGAUACACCGUUGAACUCAUGGAAGUCAAGCCGCGCCAGUAAGACGACACGUGUAGUAUCUAAACAGUGUUCUCGUCCGCUUAAUCGGUCAGGUAGAUAUAUGGAGUAUAUUGAUGACAUAGAAAUGUGCAAAUAGGAUUACCUACAACCAACUGUUGCUUAAAGGAAAUGUCUGGUCAUAGGGUUACCCAUUGUUGUGUGACUAUAUCACCAGUUUUGAUUUUUUCUUUGUAGAUAUUUGUAUUAUGGGUAAUGUGAUAUUGCCAUAUGACAUUGUCAUUACUGUGAGACUGUGUAGAGAUUAGAAAUUAUGGAAAGAUGCCAGUAUAUUGUGGCAACUGCAGUCGCGCCAGCGAAGUAACGCAUUUAUAACGACGCAUCGCGGUGCUGCUUUCAUCUGUGAUUUGAUCGGCCAAUCGGAUCAUCGAUACCCUCCGACACUUGUGUGUAUGUUCUAUGCGGUGAUAAUUGCUGAAGACUUGUCAUACUAAUGGACUGGUGACAGUGAUGACAUCAAGAUUCGAGAAACAUUUUGUCGGACGUCUUUAGUCUGGGCGUUGGUGGUGAAUCGCAUUGGCAAAGUUCGUAAUUUUUAGGUCUUUGUUAAGAUCAAGCUAGGUUAAGGGCGCUGGUUAAUUGAUUUCGCCAUAGUAUGCGACUGAAGAAGAACUCGUUUAAAUUCGCGAGCUUGCUUUACUAUCAGAAGGGAGAGAUCUAUAUAUAAAUGUAAUUAGAAGCCCACAGGUUAAUAUAUUACGACUGAGUGUAAGGAAAGUGGUAGAGAAAUCACGUAUGUCUAUAAUAAAUAGGUAGAUAUAGAUAGAUAGAUGGAUGUAGGUAGGCAUAUAUAGAUGGCUAGAUAUAGGUAGA